CUGACGCACCAGACGUGCUGUGUUGCAGCCAAAUCUGUUCGGGUUAACAUAUGGGUGAAAGGUCCAGCGGUUCGACAGCUACUCACUUGCAAAAAUUCCUCUUGUAGCUGCAGCCGACCAGCGGAAAGUCAAAAUGUCAAAACAGCCACAGCCGAUCAGCCCAGUGAAGAACUUCUUCGCUGGCGGUUUCGGUGGAGUCUGCCUCGUCUUUGCGGGUCACCCCCUCGACACUAUUAAAGUGCGUCUACAGACUCAACCAAAACCCAAACCGGGAGAGAGCCUCUUGUAUGCGGGGACCAUUGAUUGCUUCAAAAAGACCUUAGCUAAAGAGGGAGUGAAGGGGCUGUACAAAGGUAUGGCAGCCCCCAUCAUCGGAGUCACCCCCAUGUUUGCCGUCUGUUUCUUUGGCUUCGGUUUGGGCAAGAAACUGCAGCAGAAAAGUCCCGAUGAUAUCCUCACGUAUCCACAGCUGUUUGCUGCGGGCAUGUUGUCCGGCGUCUUCACCACAGCCAUCAUGACUCCUGGCGAGCGAAUCAAAUGUCUACUGCAGAUCCAGGCUUCCUCUGGGACCGUGAAGUACGACGGGCCACUUGAUUGCGUCAAGCAGCUCUACAAAGAGUCCGGCAUCAGAGGAAUCUACAAAGGCACCGCGCUGACUCUCAUGAGAGAUGUUCCUGCAAGCGGCAUGUACUUUAUGUCGUACGAGUGGUUGAAGAAUCUCCUCACGCCGGCAGGAAAGAGUCACAACGAACUCAGUAUUCCCAGUGUGCUGUUCGCCGGAGGGAUGGCAGGAAUAUUUAAUUGGGCCGUGGCGAUUCCCCCUGACGUGCUCAAGUCUCGUUUCCAAACAGCUCCCGAGGGAAAGUAUCCCAACGGCUUCCGGGAUGUUCUGCGCGAGCUGAUCCGAGAGGAAGGCAUCGGCUCUUUAUAUAAAGGUUUCAACGCCGUCAUGCUGCGAGCUUUUCCCGCAAACGCUGCUUGCUUCUUGGGAUUUGAACUCGCAAUGAAAUUCCUGAACUGGGCAGCACCCAACCUGUGAUGGGGAACCACUCUUACACCAUGAAUAAUAAGUAUGCGCACAUCCACUCGGACUUUAUCAUUUUGAACAGAUCUCCACUUCUCGACGAGAUUGUGUCUGAAAACUUGUAGUUAGUGGAAAUUUGGAGCAAAUCG